UCUUGAUUUUAGAAUCUGAUAAGAGUGAGACUCAGAGGAGUGCUGAGAUAGUCCUUCGCGUAUGUGUGUUUCAUAAUAAUUAUUGUGAAGUUCGUUAUCGUUCACAUUGACCAGGUGCUCUUUACUGUUGGUAAACUGCAGUAUUAUUUGUUGGACUCGUGUCUAGUCUUACUGCGGGCUAGCAGAUUUGGAGUCGGAGCGCUAUCUCUUUGAGAUAAUUAUUAUUGAUUUGUCCUCAAGGAUACAACACGUAGGCUGGUACUAGUCGCUUGUGCUGAGUCUCUCAUUUCAAGUCGACACUGGUCAAACAUCAAAUACUGUACUGUAGCAACUGUCGACCUUUCACGGUGGUGGGAGGUACGGUAGAUGUGCUGACGAUUCGACAGUCUGCGAGAAACGUGUUUGCAAGCGCUGGUGUUAUGUGUGUGAACCACGAAGAAAUAAUCACCCUUGAGUUCUACCAGGCGAAAGAUUUUUCACCCCCUGCCCUGAGAGCAUAGAGGUGAAACGCAAAGUUAGUUUCUGUACAGCAGUCAUUAGCAGCAGAACCACCUGUAGGACUUAGCCUUCAGCAGCGGAGCAGCACGGUCGGGUGAAGACACACUUCCAGUCGGUGUUUGGCUGCGCAACGCAACGACCAUGUCGUCGGGAGAUAGUGCCACACCUGCCACCUCCGUCGCUAAGUCAUCACAUGGAACGGAGAAAACGUCGGAUGUCUACUCCGUUGAUCCGAAACUGCCGGAACGCUUCAAUAAUCCCGAUUGGUUUGAGGGCUACGGUGUCAAAGCCGACAAGCAACAUCCAAUGUACCGCACCACCACGGCCAGCACCUACGGGGCAAGGCCACCGUGCGCUCAUACGAUGCCCACCAAGUUCCGAGGCAAGUCUCAGAAGUUCUCAGAGCAUCUAGGCCGCGCGGGUAUGUACCGUAACGACUCUCUUCACACGACGGUUGACAAGAAGUACUGUGAUAAGACAUGAUGAUGGUGGAUCAGAAUCAUCAGCCGCAGCAGCACAGUCGGAUAAAUGAUCCAUGCUCCUUUGA